UCCCUCUCUCUCCCUCCCUCUCUCUUGCCAUGAAUGAAAGGCUCAUCCUCAGGUAUCCUAACCCCGCGCUGCGCUCCGGUGACCGUCGUUGGAGACCGCUUCUCCUCCUCGUCACGCGGCUCUCCGUCUCGCGCCCUUCUCUCGGCUAGGUGGAAGCAGGACGGCACGGCCACGGGGGACAAACUCGCGCUGUGAGGCAGGAUAAGUGAGAACUUCAACGGUCCAAGAGAAGUCAUUUAAAGAGAAAAGGAAAAGCCUCAGCCAUGGCGACAAUAAGGGAUUUCGACCCCCUCAACUCCACCGUACCUGCGACAAAGAUUGAAAUCACCGUCUCGUGCAGAAACCUGUUGGACAUGGACACCUUCUCCAAGUCAGAUCCAGUGGUGGUUUUAUACGUGCAAGGCCUGGGGACCAAGGAGUGGAGAGAGUUUGGUCGGACAGAGGUCAUCGAUAACACGCUGAACCCCGAUUUCGUGAGGAAGUUUGUCCUUGAUUUCUUCUUUGAAGAGAAGCAGAACCUCCGCUUUGAUGUGUACAAUGUGGACACAAGGAGCUCCAACCUUUCAAAACAUAAGGACUUCCUUGGUCAGAUGUUCUGUACGUUGGGGGAGAUCCUUGGCUCCACGGGCAGCAGGCUGGAAAGGACUCUCUCUGGGAUUCCAGGGAAGAAGUGUGGAACCAUCCUCUUCUCCGCCGAGGAGCUCAGUAACUGUCGGGACAUAGCCACCAUGCAGCUCUGUGCCAACAAGCUGGACAAAAAGGAUUUCUUCGGCAAGUCUGACCCUUUCCUCGUCUUCUAUCGGAGCAACGAGGAUGGGACGUUCACCAUCUGCCACAAGACGGAGGUGAUCAAGAACAAUCUGAACCCCGUUUGGCAGCCGUUCACCAUCCCUGUUCGAGCUCUCUGUAACGGAGACUAUGACAGGACGGUCAAGGUGGACGUAUACGACUGGGACCGCGACGGGAGCCAUGACUUUAUCGGAGAGUUCACCACAAGCUACAGAGAAGUGUCCAGAGGCCAAAGCCAGUUCAACGUCUACGAGGUUUUGAAUCCUAAAAAGAAAGGCAAGAAGAAGAAAUACGUCAACUCAGGGACGGUGACUCUGCUGUCUUUCAAAGUGGAGUCCGAAUGCACGUUUGUCGACUUCAUCCGAGGAGGGACACAACUCAAUUUCACCGUGGCCAUAGACUUCACAGCUUCCAACGGGAACCCGUCCCAGCCCACCUCACUGCACUAUAUGAGUCCGUACCAGAUGAACGCGUACGCCAUGGCUCUCAAGGCCGUGGGGGAGAUCAUCCAGGACUACGACAGCGACAAACACUUCCCAGCAUAUGGCUUUGGAGCGAAGCUUCCACCGGAUGGAAAGAUCUCCCAUGCCUUCCCACUAAACUCAAACACAGAAACCCCAACCUGCGCGGGCAUCGAGGGGGUGCUGGAGGCUUACUUCCAGAGCCUGAGGACCGUUCAGCUGUACGGCCCGACCAACUUCGCUCCCGUGGUCAACCAGGUGGCUCGGUGUGCUGCAGAGGUGACUGACGGCUCCCAGUACUUUGUGCUACUGAUGAUCACAGAUGGCGUCAUCUCGGACAUGGCUCAGACCAAAGAGGCUGUGGUCAAUGCCGCCUCCCUGCCCAUGUCUAUCAUCAUCGUAGGAGUUGGCCCUGCUGAGUUUGAUGCUAUGGAGGAGCUGGACGGGGAUGAGGUCAGGGUGUCCUCCAGGGGACGCAUCGCCGAGAGAGACAUCGUCCAGUUCGUUCCUUUCCGGGACUACAUCGACCGCUCGGGGAACCAGGUCCUGAGCAUGGCCCGCUUGGCCAAGGACGUCCUGGCGGAGAUCCCCGACCAGCUGCUGUCCUUCAUGAAGAGCCGAGGGAUCGAACCCGGCCCCCUCUGCCCGCCUGCUCGGACUCCCCCUCGAUGUCCACCACCACCACCACCACGUCCACCAAUCCUGCCCCCCAGGAACGCAACAUGCGCGCCUGAGAGGAGGGCAGCGAGGACGCUAGUGCUGACACUGAGCAUAGUGACAUGUGUGUGUCUGUGUGUGUGUGUGUUUGCUACAUGUGUUGCAUGGUUGGGGGUAAGGAGCCGAGUCAGGCUUGGGAACAUCGUCUCCACAGUGAAUGGAGGGGGACUCGGACCAGGCGAGAUGCUGGGGAUGGAUUCUUCAAAGAAGACCUGAACUGGAAAUAUGCUCCUGGCACCGUUCUCUUUCAUAUUGCUUUGUGAAAAUGCUAAACGGGAGGUGGAAAUGUGUUGUGUGGAGGGUGCUCUACGUUUCAAGGUGAACACCCAGACACUAAUCCCGGUUGGAUUGGUGGGGGAGGCACCCGUGAGCCCCUCUCGAAAGCAGGAAAUAUAUAUACCAGCAUUAAAUUGGCUGGGGAUGGGGAACAGACUGAAAUAUCCCCACUUUCUACAAGCCGUCGUCCGAUUUAACAACAUCGAGAGACUACUUCAGCCCCGGUCGCAACGCAGAGCCUAAAUGUGACCCCCCCUCCCUUCUCUUCCUCUAAAUCGUAUCUCUCAGCUCGGGCCGUUAUUUGAGAUGAAUCAUUCAUGAGGUGGGUGCCCUCUGGUUCUCGAGCUGUCUGGACCUGUUUAAUAUAAAGGGAGUCAGAACACUUUGUAUGUAGCAGAGAAUGUGCGAAAGAAUCAGAGGUCACCGCUUACACUUCUUUACGACACAAUGGCAAGGAAAAGAGAGUGAGGUUUGCUAUCCACCAGACCAACUGCUUCUGGAAAUGUAUGCACAGUCUUGUCUCACCAGCUGCUGUAUAAACAGAUGGAGUUGCAAAUUUGACUUUUUAUUUGCAGAUGAUUACUUUUCAUGUGAUUAAAUGUGUUAUUUCUGCAUUCGGGAUCCUUUGCUCACAUCCACACGUACUGUGCAGUCAGGUCAAAGAUUUCGGCACUUAGCAAAUAACUGACCAGUCUUUAGAGACAAUUAUAACAAUAGUAAAUGCAUUAUCAAGCAUGUGUCAUAUUAUAUCAGAAAUGGAAAUGGAUAUGUGGCCUUAUUUCUGUCAUAAUCCUACAAGUGUGUUACGAGGGAGGACUCUAUUUUUAUAUGAUAAAACACGUUAUUUUGCAUGCUUGUUGUGCUAAUAUGCUGCCGAUGAAAAAAGGAAAGACUAUGUAUAUUUAGUGAUAGGUGGAACAGGACUUCAUACAACAUUCCUACAUGUGUUCACUAGUGGUCUGUGCAGGAGCGUUCUAUUUGUACUGUUAUUGCGUGCAGUGUACUUGAAGGGACGGUCAAUGUGAUGAGCCCAAUAUACGUAUAGAAGCCAAACCAAUAGUAGGAUAGAUUUGUAGCACACUGUGUUUGAAACAUGCAUGCGUGUGUCAGUACUUCAACACACGGUCACAGAAACGUAUGGGAACUUUUGUAUGAAGCAUGUGGAGCUUUCUAUCCAGUGUGUACAGUAUUAUUUAGUGACACUCGCAGAUUGAAAACUGCUCACCACUUGCCCGUCCAGUGUGAUCCAUACAGCCUCCAUUUAAAUGCAUCUAAAGGAAUCUUUUUUGGAAGUCUUCCUUUUCCUGACAUUUUGCUAGACACUCGAAAUAUGUCUUUCUGUCUUGAUUUGUGUCAGUCCAAAUUGAAUUCUAGGUUUGUCAGUGUUUUAUAGCUCUUGCUUAGAAACCAAAAUAAAGAUAAUGUGUUAGGAUCA